UAUAUGUUUCAUUUCCUUUACGGGUAUAACAACUGUAGCACGUUAUUAGCAGCAUGGGUGACAUGGAAAAGUGGCCAGAAAUCGAAAAGGCAGAGACAGAGAAGAGGCGUGAAUUGGUUUUGCAGGGCCCUGCUAUCGACAAGAGGAUUUCGUCUAACGGGGGACUCACCCCGUCAAUUUAUGACCUCACUUUACUGAAUUACCUGGAAGUGAGCCAGUGUCCGAGUUUGACAGAAGUCCACGAUGACAUCCAGCAUCUGACCAACCUACAAAGCCUCGUUCUCUGCAGGAACAAGCUGACGUCAAUGCCAGAUGUCUUUGGCAGCCUAAAGUCCUUAAAGGUCCUGGACCUCUCCGUCAACCACCUCCGGGCUUUACCAGCUAGCAUCUCACAGUUGGGUGAGCUAAACACUCUGAACGUAAGCUGCAACAGCCUGGAGGUCCUGCCGGAGGGACUGAACCGGUGCGCUAAGCUCUCCACCAUCAACGUUUCCAAGAAUCGCAUCACCGCUUUCCCCGCUGACUUCUGCUCCGAGCGCCUGGAUCUCCUCAGCACCUUGGUGGCCUCCGAUAAUUCCAUUGAAGAGCUGAGUAGAGACAUUCACAAGCUAGCUGCUUUGAAGGUGCUUGAUCUCUCCAACAACAAGCUGCGAGAGAUCCCCUCAGAUCUGAGCGACUGCCCUAAGCUCAAAGAGAUCAACUUCAAGGGCAACAAGCUGAACGACAAGCGCCUUGAGAAAAUGGUCAACGGUUGCCAGACCAAAUCCAUCCUCGACUACCUCAGAGGCAAAGGAAGAGCAAGGCAGGGAGAGGAUCGAGGCGAAGCGGACGGCGGACGCAACGCAGACAGGAAGACGAGGCAGCAGCAGCGGAAGAAGAAGGAGAGAGGGGCUGAAGAGGAGGAAGUAGAGGAUCUGAACAGGAUGGUGGUGAGGAUUCUCCAUGUUUCAGAAGCCCCUGCAGCGAUCACAGUCAAUGUGAGCGCGGAGGUUAAGGAUGUGCGACCAUACCUGGUCUGUUGUGUGGUCAAAGGCAUGAAUCUUAUGCCUGGAAAUGCUCUCAAACGCUUCCUGACAGCUCAGACCAAGCUUCAUGAUGAUCUGUGUGGCAAAAGGACCAUUGCAACCAUUGCAACGCAUGAUGUGCAGCUGCUCAAAGGUCCGCUGGUGUAUGGUGUGAAAGCACCCACCCAGCUGAAGAUUGUGCCGUUGGGUCGGAAGGAGAUGACGGCCGUCGAACUGAUGAGACACCUACAGCUGGAGGCUGAUGAGCUGAGGAAGCAGAAGAAGAGGCAGAACGUCACUGGCCUCCACAAAUACCUGCAGCUUUUGCAAGGAAAGCCAUUUUACCCGUGUCUUGUCGACGUAGAAGGACACGUGAUCUCAUUUCCACCGAUCACAAACAGCGAAAAGACGAAGAUUAAGAAAACUACCAAAGAGUUGUUCCUGGAGGUGACGAGUGCAACCAGCCUGCAGACCUGCAAAGAUAUCAUGGACGCUCUAAUUGUUAAAAUGGCAGAGUUGAACAAAUUCACAGCAGAGCACCAGGAGGAGGCAGGGUCGGACGAAGAAGGUGUCAGCCCACAGCAACCAGUCACCGGCAAGGAGGCCUCUAGUGAGCUGAUCGUCCAGCAGGUGCGAACAGUCGACCAGGACGGGAACCUGAAGGUCGUCUACCCGUCGAAGACCGACCUGUCUAUAGACACCAGCAACUUAACAGUCAUUUGGUAGUUGUGUUGCAGAUGGGCUGAGAUGUGUGCACUUAUUUCCAUGCUACAUGAAGGCAUUUCACAGGUUCACUUGUUUACACAGAACAUCUAGAGUUGUUAUCUGAUGAAUUUAAAUACAUCUUAUUAUUAACAGCUUUUAUAACCUAAUGUACAUUAAAAUAUCCUGAAAAUGUU